AUGAGGGUGGGGGUUCCUUUUUCGGCUCUCGUUUUUUUCCGGGAGGACAGCGGUCGAGCGACUGACAGCUCAAUCAACAGCACUGUCCCAAAAGCCAUGCACAAUUCCCUCUGGGACACCAGGACCAUCUCCUACACAGGAUGUGCUGCACAGGUAUUUUUCUUUGCUUUUUUCAUUUCAUCAGAAUUUGCAUUUCUCACCAUCAUGUGCUACAACCGCUACGUGUCCAUCUGCAAACCCCUGCACUACGGGACCCUCCUGGGCAGCAGAGCUUGUGCCCACAUGGCAGCAGCUGCCUGGGCCAGUGCCUUUCCUUACGCUCUUAUGCUCCUUAUGCUGCACACAGCCAAUAUAUUUUCUCUGCACCUGUGCCAGGGCAAUGCCCUGGGCCAGUUCUUCUGUGAAAUCCCACACACCCUCAAGCUCUCCUGCUCCCACUCCAGACUCAGGGAACUAGGGAUUAUUGUGCUUGGGUCCUGUUUAUCAUUUGGUUGUUUUGCGUUCAUUGUUUUCUCCUAUGUGCAGAUCUUCAGGGCUGUGCUGAGGAUCCCCUCUGAGCAGGGACGGCACAAAGCCUUUUCCACCUGCCCCCCUCACCUGGCCAUUGUCUCCCUGUUCCUCAGCACUGGCUUUUUUGCCUACCUGAAGCCCCCCUCCAUCUCCUCCCCAACCCUGGAUCUGGCAGUGUCAGUUCUGUACUCAGUGGUGCCUCCAGCCCUGAACCCCCUCAUCUACAGCCUGAGGAACCAGGAGCUCAGGGCUGCAGUGUGGAGACUGAUGACUGGACAAGUUCAGAAACAUUCAAGAAGCAGCAGCUUGCUCGUCCUCUCCGAUGCCUAG